AUCGUUUUCUCGUAUAUUUUACUACCAUCCUGUUUUUAUCCAUGGCUGCUGCAAUACCGAUUCCUAAGUUAAAAAGAAAUGAAGCUGAAGGCAAUGCUAAAGAUUCACCUGGCAUUGUUAGUGGCAAUAUCAUUCAAGCAUUUGUAGAUGUAUCCAUUAAUCUCUGCGGAAAUACUAUUACUGUUAUUGAUGUAUCGAAUCCUGCUCAUGGUAAUCUGUGUGUAAGCGAGUAA